AGUUUAUAAUAAAUAGUCGUAGUGCACAGACCGAAAUAAAAAGCAAUGGAAGAAUUUAAAUAAAUUAGUUAGUUAAGAAGUGAUAGUGAUAAGUGAAUUAUUAUAAGUUAGUUAAGUGUAGUGUAUAGUAUUUAAAUAAAUCAAGAAUGUGAGAGACUGCUUAUUAAUUCACCCCACGAAUAAAAAUAGUACAAAUAAAUAAGAAAAACAUUACGUAGUGUAUUCAUUACAUUUUGUAUUUGUAUGUUUUAAUAAACUUCGGUAGAUUUGUUUAAAAAUAACUCAAGGUCGUUAGUAUGGAAGAAAUGGUCAAUCGACUUAAUACAAACCUUUUAUUUAAUAAUAUAAUAAACCCGGUAUUAUUUACCUCUCUUGGAUACAAAGUAUCAAAAGGAUUUGUGUUAUUUUAUGUCCAGACAGGACCAAAUCCUAACGAAACUAGAAACCCUAGGGGCCAAUUAAUUCAUAUUUCAUAUUUUGGGUAUUCCAUUUGCAUAUUUAUAAGUAACGUAUUCUACGAAAAAGUUUUAUGUGGAAAAUUCUAAAAUGUACAAAGCCUCAGUUACUAGUAAUAUGUGCUGAUCAUGAGUAUUAUUAAAAAAUAACAAUAUACGGUGUUUAUAAUAACACAUUAUUACAAAAUUUUGAAAUUUCCGUUGUAUUAUCUUCCAUAUUUUAAUGUUAAAGAAUGCAAAAUGUAUUUUAACUAGUACUAGUGGGUAUGUAGACAUACAUGUUUAUGUGUAUUUUGUGUUGUAUACCUUCAAGUCUUGUCAUGGUAUCCCGACCUAGAUCACAUGUUUUGAUCUACAGUUAAUACGAGAUCUGUUGUAUUAGCAUGUAAUUGAGUUCUAGCUGACAUAAAUUAGGUUUUGAUAAUUUGAAACCAAUAUGACUGUCGCUCAAAUAGCAGCUAAUACAACUGUAUUAGCAGGCGCUGCAGUUCUAGCUUACUUGGGAUUCCAAUUUUUCCAAAAGAAAAAGAAGGAAAUCAUACCGUGGAACUGGGAAGAAGUGGGUAGUUUAUCACAUCUGUACAUAUAUCCACUGAAGAGUGGACAUCGAAUGGAAGUAACUAGAGCAGAAUGUACCGAAGUUGGUUUGAAACAAACAGAAGAAGAUGAAAAAGUUUUACAAUUACGGGAUAGAGGAUUAGUAGUUUACGCUGAAAGAAAUAACGAAUUCAGAACUGCUAGGACGUAUCCUCAACUGAUGCAAAUCGAUAUUAGUGUCCAUGAUGAAAAACAUUUAGCGAUAGAUGCACCUACUAUGAGGACAUUGUAUGUCAAAAUUCCAAAUAACACUGACAAUAAGGAAAUUAAAAUCAAACUUCACAAAGGUGAAGAAUGUUAUUCUAUCGAUUGUGGAGACGAAGCAGCCUUAUGGUUUUCGAGAUAUAUAUUAGAAAAAGACACUGGAUUGCGUCUAGGAUAUCACGACGGUAGUCAAAGGAGAGAUAUCACCAAAACUCAUAACAAAUAUUUGGAAUUUUAUAAAAAUCUAACAAAUUCAUCUAUAGGUCUGUAUUCCGAUCUGACAAGCCUGUUAUUGGUAAACCAAACGUCAGUGAACGAUUUGAAACAAAGAAUAAGUAAUACCACUAUUUCCGCUAACAAUUUUCGACCAAAUUUGGUAGUUGAUGGACUGGAUUUGAAGCCAUAUACCGAAGAUACUUGGGAAUGGAUUAAAAUUGGUGACGUCGUAUUAAGGAACGUCAAGGAUUGUACAAGAUGUACGAUGACGACUAUCGAUCCUGAUACAAGUAUCCGAGAUAAAAAUAGGGAACCUCUAGCUACACUGGAAAAGUACAGAAUGAGUAAUGGUCCCGAUGCGUUACCAGUGAUGGGAAUCAAUUUAGAAGUCAGAAAAACUGGAAUUAUAAAAGUGGGAGAUAAAGUUUUGGUAUCUAAGAAAUAAUAGAUUCGGCAAAAUUGAUAAUUAGUUGUUUUAAAUUAAUAUAGUUUGUGAAAAUAAACAAAAAAUCUCGUUAA